AUGGCCCCAACUGACCUAAAAUGGAGUUUGUCUCAGGCCAAGACUCUCGCAUACUCUUUGAUGGUCUUCCUGAGUCUGCACACAGUCACAGGAAUGUCCGGAUGGGAUGGAUGUUUGGAUGGUCAGGAUGUAUUUGCAACAGUCAGAGAAAACAGCCUUUCAGGAGAGAUUGUUGCUGAGCUCAUGACCGACACCACAAUGGAGGGGGUUCAUUGGAGCCUGAAUGGGAAAGAUGCUGACUGGUUCUUGUUGGAUGGAAGAAACAUCCGGCUCAACACAUCAGCUGAGAAGGUCCUCGACCGAGAGGUGCAGGGUCCCGUCCUGAUGGCUGAGCUGUCAUGUCAAGAGGAGGACACUCUGCAGAGUGUGUACAGGAUCAUGGUGGAGAUUCUCAAUGAGAAUGAUAAUUCACCUGUGUUUGCAGAAGACACUGUCCAGUCUCUUAUUAUCAGUGAGCUGAUUCCAGUGAAUACACUCGUCUUUACUGUCCAGGCAACAGAUGCAGAUAACGACAAGAUCAUUUACUCAAUUGACCAGUCAACAUCGGAUGCAGAGUACUUCAAAGUCGAUCUUCCAAACAGUGGAGAGGUGAUCCUGUCCAAGCCUCUAGACUAUGAGACCAAAACUCAGCUCACUGUCACCAUUCAUGCCUCGGAAAUGAGCACCGCUGAGCGUUUCAACACGAGCACCACCAUCACCAUCACCAUCCUGGAUGGAGAUGACCAGUACCCACAGUUCCUGCCCUGCACACUACUCUUUCAGGAUGACACCAGUCGUGUCUGCACCAGCCCUGUGUACACAGUCAACGUCACAGAGGGGCAAGAGGACAUUGUUUUGGACUUCUCUCCUGGUCCCAUUCAUGCAGUAGAUGGAGACAGAGGACUCAGCUCCCCAGUCAGCUAUGCCAUCAUCUCAGGGGAUGAUGAUGGGCGUUUCUUGAUGGUCAGAGAGACAGGAGAAGUGAGACUAACUCAGGCUGUGAGGGACAGACUCACAACUCCAACGUUGGAUCUUCAGGUCAUGGCAUACCAAGACGAUGACCCCAGGAAGUACUCUGUUGCUACAGUGUUGGUCCGUGUGGUGGCAGUGAACCAGUUUUACCCAAAGUUUGACAUGGCUACAUACAAUGGCUUUGUAACUGCAGGAAAGAGUACCGUGUCCCUAGUCAUAACCUACGGCAGCAAAGCACUGAUGUUACAUGUACAGGACCAGGACUUCAAGGAUGGCUUCAAUCCCAUGAUCCACUUCACUUUCAGCCCCACAUCCAAUCACACAGACAUCUACCAGGUCACACAGGAGGGGCUUCUGAUUGCCAGGACCAAUGAGCUCAAACCAGAACAGAAACACUUUCUUGAGAUAAUGGCUAUAGACAAGGAGUCGGGUGAUGCCACCUUUGCUACUGUGGUGGUGGAGGUGUUAUCUGAAGGACAAUCAAUCCCUAUCAGUCCGCUGGGAGAUGAACAUCUGAUAAGCUGCACCGUGGGGAAAGCGUUGUUCCUGAGCAUGGUGUUCAUGACUAUAUUUGGAUGUAUCCUGUGUCUGAUAAUGUGGCUGAAGAAGAAACACAAAGGGCAGAAGGGCCCGCUGGAGAGAGGCUGUGUGGCCCAGGGCAAACACCCCAAUGUGAGCUUACGAUGGUUUCAGCUGGUGAGUCACCGCAGUGCCAUGUCACAGAUGGAAGAAAUACCCUUCAGCAAUGAAGAAUAUGGCACCUGCAACCCUUCCUUCAGUUUUCCAGAAAAACCUCCUAUGUACACCCACCAAGACCUCCCGUUGUGCCAAGGACCCGUUCCACCCAAAACAACACCUGAUACCAGCUUCACUCCUAUCAAAACUGUGUGCAGCCCUGUGAUGUUCAAUAAUAAUGUUUCUACACCAAUUAAAUGCGUGUCUAGCUCGCCCAUCUUUCACAAAAUCACUGUGGAUGAGAGGCAAACUCAAGAUGCUCCUCCAACUCAAGACAAGGUCAGGUCACCAACCCCUCCACCUGACACAACCCCAGACCCCACUGUGGACCAACCUGACCCCAGCCCUAUCACUCCACCACCUUUCACUGGUCCAGAUUCACAGGAAAACACCAGUGAUGACCCUACUGAACCUGUCACCUACCCCUCCUCUCAGUCCUCUCCAUCCAGUGUGCCAUGCAGCGAUAGCCGAAUCGCCUCAGCAGAGACAGAGAAACCUCUCAUCAAACCUCGUGUGGAUACCCCCCCAAACCAUCCACAAUCACCUUUAGAUUCCUCACCCCUCCCAAAGCAGACAAACACACCCCCACCCUCCCCUGAGCAUGCACUUUUAAAAGCCGAGCUGGUACAUAUAGAUGCAUCUCCUGCUGAAACCCCUCCAGUAACACCAGGGCAAACAUCUAUGACUGUAAACAUAGCGGAAGACCAACCCUCUACAUCACUGGACCAACCAGACGCACCAGAGCAGCCGGAUGGGGCAGCAACUGCCCCAUCUGAGGACAGAAGGCUCUCAACAAACUCAGGAGACACCCAGGACAGUCGUGAGGCGGGGCAAGAGGAGGACGAUGGCAUUCUGGGAGAUGAAGACGCAGACAAGAACAGUGAGGGUGAGGAUGAGUUAGACCCAGAUGAUGAAGAACUGCUGAGAGUUAUGGCUCGCUGUAAUCCCAUUUUUAUAACAUUUCGUAAGUGA